UUCAAUUGACUACUCCGGCUCUUCAUAUAACUGUGACCAUGGCUGUCGGACUCCUCCGCGUCCUACUCGAGAAACCCGCCUCGACCGACCACGAAGCAUUCGAAUCGUGGCGCAGACAGGCCUUCUCCACGCUACCUGGGGUGUCUGGAGUAGACUUUCUCACGGCAACUGACGAGGAAAAAGAGGGAAACACCUACGGCUACGAGAACGCCUACCAUGUCGAGGAUGCCGAGCUCAUAACCACCGAACUCAUCGAAUCUUUGAUCUCAAUCGAGAAGAAGAGUAUCGGCCUUGACAGGGUCGACUUUCAGCUGUAUGAGCGUAUCGCCUUCAACACCAGGGACGAUAUUGAGCCCCGCGAGCGCCCCGCAGGGACUGUCGUGGUGACGGUGGGAAUGUCGCCCAUCGAGACCGAAGAGAUCAUAAAGGACUUUUACGACUGGUACCGUGAAGAGCAUAUGCCUAUCCUACGAGACGUGCCAGGCUGGCGUACCGGGAGUAGGUACAAGCGACUGGCUACGUUUGGGUCCAAUGCUGAGUUUGCUGCCCCCUAUGUCGCCAUUCAUCAGUAUAAUCCAGAUAACGGCCUCGGGGGGGAGCAGUGGUCCAAGUCUAUCAAAUCCAAAUGGACUCAGAAAGUCAUGGCACGGCUAGCAGUGCCGAAUCACCGUCGUGUUUGGAAGGUAGACGCUUGAAUUGUAUCCUGCUUUGCCAGAGAAGGACGAUGGGAGUCGGAGUAACGCUUUGUAUUUAAAGAAGUCAAUACUUCAUUCGUGCAUAAGACACUGACGCUGAGAUAGACGGAC